UUGCAUCGUUAUGAGAAGGAAGUGUUGAGUCGAGAAAAUCCAAGAACAGUAAAAUGGAAAAUGAAAGUGAUACGCACAACAUUCAUUGUUUUGACUGUCUUUGUCAUUUUUCGUGUACCAUACACAGCUCUUAUAUUUUGGAGGACUGAACUUUUAAGAAAUAGUCAGCAAAAUCAGAUUAUCACUGACCAUUUUGUGGUCUUAUGGUUUAUAUCAAGAUAUUUAAUAUUUAUCAAUGCUGCUAUAAAUCCUUUUAUCUAUGGAUUCUCUAAUGAGAAUUUCAAGAGAGCUUUGCGAUGCAUGGAAGUUUCUAGAUGGCUCUUUAGUGGAACUAGUGGAAGCAGUGAUGUGACUCCUCCUCAGAAAAAAGACAAACAAUUUGAAAAGGUCCAGCAUGAGAUAUAUCAGCCAGAUCCUAAAGAACAACCUGUUUUACAGCAAUGGAUGGUUCACCCUCUUGAAGGGAAGCCAAAAACUGAAUCCACUGAAUGCUACAUUUAG